AUGAUGAACGACCUGACCUCCGAGCUGGGCAGAACGAAACGAGCGGCAUGGGAAGCAUUCAAGAGCAUCGAGGAUGUAGUGAAGAGGACCAAGAACAACAGGCUCCGUGCUCACUUAUUGAACGCCACCGUUCUUCCUGCUUUGACCUACGCUUCAGAAACGUGGGCAUUUCGCGAGCAGAAGGAAAAUGCGAUCGGCGUCAUAGAACACGGAAUUGAAAGAGUGAUGCUAGGAGUAACCCGCUUUACGCAAAUGAGAGAAUGGAUUCGAAGUUCACUCCUACGGUACCGAUCGAAGAUAAGAGACGCUGCCGCAUACGCCGAGGAAAGCAAAAUUAGGUGGGUCGGACACGUGAUGCGUUUCAGUGACAACCGUUGGACCAGAGCCGUAAUCGUCUGGAUACCACGCGGCAUCAAACGCAGCGCAGGAAGAUCGCCUAUCCGAUGA